CCAGCUGCACAGCUGGAUUUGGAGACUGAAAACAGAUUAGCUGCUAUGCUUAUGAGGGAAGCAGCUGAAUUGCGGCGACAGUCUGAACAGGAAGGUGUUCUGGCUUAUCUUCAUAAGCCUAAUGUAAGGACUCGGCCAAAUUCACGUUUCCUCACUGCUACUGUAUGUGGGGUACAACAAGCAAAUCGAGCUGUGGAAGUGAAUGAGAUGUGGCGAGUGCGACAGAAAGAAUUGGAACUUGAUAAACAGGCUAAAGGCACCACGAAGGAUAAAAGCAGUGGUUACAAAAGCCACACGGAUCGUGACUCAUCAGGAAGCCCUAGAAGAUAUGCUGCUUUUGAUAAUAGUUUGAAUGCCUCUUCUUCACGUCCAAGUAAAAGAAAAUGGGAUAAGUGUGGAUCAAAAGAUAAAGGAAGUUCUGACAAACACUACAAGGAUAUUAGUAAUAGUGACCCAUCAAGAAGCAUGAGUAGACAUGGCAAUUUUCAAGAACCAGAGUAUAAUCCAGAACCAGAAGGUAUAAGGGAUGAAGAGAUGGAAGAGUUUCUUCAUACGAGGAAAAAGCGAGGCAGAGGUGGCAUCGGUCCCAGAAUGGAUGAGACUGGGCCUUACCUUCCGCCUCAUCCAGAUGGGGAAGCUAGUCCUACACCAGAUGCAAGGGAGCGCCGUCUUAUUUAUGGUCUUGAGAGGCCGUCAUCAGGGAAGUCGAAUGAAUCUUCAGAAGAGGAGCUUCACGAUAAAAGGCUGAAAAAGCGAAGAAAGUCUCACUCUGGCAACUCAGACAAGGAGCACUCUAACUCUAAGAAGCACAGGUCCAAGGAAAAAUCGCACAAGAAAAAGGAGAAAAAACGAAAACACGUCACUAAGAACUUUUGUGGAAUUUGAUAUUCACUGUAGGUAACUUACGAAUAUUUGGAAAACUAACAUUUUUACUUUGUACAUAUAUUGCGCAAGAUCAAAGGUGUGGGUAAAUUUAUCAUAUACAAGUUGAAUAGCAGUAAGCUAGGUAAAUGCAAUUUGGCAAAGUAUUGACAAAUGAAAUUCAUGUAGAGGUUUGUGGAAAUUUCAUCUCAUGAAAUCUGAUCAGAUUUAACA